AUGAAAUUAUUGAUCCAAGAAAAAAUCGGUUCAGGAACAGCAGGAUCAGUGAUAGCCAACAGGAUUUCGAAACUACCAUCCAUUAAAGUUCUUCUAUUAGAAGCAGGAGAAAUGGUUCCUAUAACCUCUCAAGUUCCACUUUUUCCUCUAAAUUUAGCUCUAACGAAAUACAACUGGAAUUUUACAAGUGUGCCUAGUAAAACCAUAGCUCAAGGUCUUAAAAAUAGGCAACAUGUAAUUGUAGCGGGAAAAGCAUUAGGUGGAAGCACAGUUUUAAAUUAUAAUUUAUUUGUGCGUGGAAACAAAAGGGAUUACGACAACUGGGCAAAACAUGGUGCCACAGGUUGGAAUUGGGAUAACGUAUUUCCUUAUUUUCUAAAAGUCGAAGACAAUCGAGAUUACCACGUAAUACGUAAUGGCUAUCACGGUGUUGGUGGAAAUGUUGUUGUCAAAAUUCCACCAUUUCAUGCACCGAUAACAGAAGGUUAUUUAAAAGCAGCCAAAGAAAUUGGCUAUGGCAUUGGAGACUUCAAUGCAGAGCCUCAGACAGUGUUUCAACCGCCUCAAGGAACCAUUAAUAAAGGAGCACGUUGGGGAACUCUUCAAGCAUAUAUUAAUCCUGUAAGAGGUCGAAGAAAUCUUUGGAUCUUAACUUCAGCAUUCGUUCACAAAAUAUUGAUACACAAUAAACAUGCUUAUGGCGUUAAGUUCGAGCACAACGGAAAAUUAUACGAAGCUUACGCCAAACACGAAGUCAUCGUAUCUGCUGGAGUUUUCAAUUCACCAAAACUCUUAAUGCUAUCAGGGAUUGGACCAAAACAUACUUUAGAGAAGUUUGAUAUUCCUGUUGUAGCGGAUUUACCAGUUGGACGAAAUCUUCAAGAACAGCCAUCUACUCUUGGUAUAAAUUUUGGAGCAAAAGCUUUCACUUACUCUGCUGAACGGGUUACAGUACCAUAUUAUAAUGAAUUCUUAGUCAAUGGCACAGGUCCAUUGACAGCUUUAGGAGGAAUUGAAACAAUUGGAUUUGUAAAUUCUAAAUAUAAUGAUAAACCUGAUUGGCCAGAUAUUGAAAUAUUAUGGAUUACUUUAUCGGAUGCUUCGGAUAAAGGAACAGUUUUAAGACACGUGGUAAAUCUAAAUGAAGAAGUAUGGAAAACAAUGUUCGAACCCUUUACAUCGAUUGACACAAUAUCGUGUUUUUCGUAUCCAACACGUCCAAAAAGUAGAGGGUUCGUUACCAUCAAGUCUAGCGAUCCUCAUGACGAUCCACUCAUUGAUUUCAAAUUUUAUUCGAAUCCUUACGACUUAAAAAUUGCUGUUGAAGGAUUGAAGUACUGCCUGAAAAUGGCAUCCACGGAAGCAAUGAGAAAAUUUGGAGUAUAUCCUCUUCCAGUCAGUGUUCCCGGCUGCGAACAUUACAAGAGAUUCACUGACGAAUAUCUCACUUGUGUAGCAACAACACUUCCAUUUACAAUAUACCAUUAUUGUGGAACGUGUAAAAUGGGAAGUGAUGAUGAUCCUACGACUGUGGUUGAUCCAAUGCUCAAAGUCAAAGGAGUAAAAGGGCUAAGAGUAGCGGAUGCUUCCAUAAUGCCAUUUGUGGUAACUGGACACUUGAACAUUCCAACUUACAUGAUUGGGGAGAAGGCUGCUGAUAUGAUUCUCUAUGAUCUACUUCAUAAAGAUACACACGAAUAA